GGUAAACCAUCUUUGAUCAGAGACAUACAAAGAAAGAAACAUAGUAACAGAUAUUAACAACAAUGGCAGCCAGCAAUGUCAUCUACAACCUCUCAAGGUCCUCAUUUCCUCAGUCCCCAGCUUCACACUCCCUCAGUCCCUCUCUCAAAACCUCCAGGGUCUGCUUCACCUCCUCCUCCAACUUCUCCAAGGUUGGCAAUGCGGCGGAGAAGAAUAGGUACUUAAGUUCUCGCCGAGCGUAUGACGACAAGGACUGGAGUACUAAAGCAAAGCAAACCCUGGAAGACGAUGUCGAGAGUGGAAAGCAACGCUUCGAGGAACUAAAAGGAGCAGCGACGGAGUACACCAAAGACACGGUGGACAACUUAAAAGACGCAGCGGCGACUAUAGGGGAGAAGGCCAAGGAGGGAUCGGAUAAGGUGGCUGAGUCAGCGGAGAGUAGUACGGAGAAGGUUAAGGAGUAUGCAGGUGGUGCAACAGAGAAGACAAAAGACGCGGCGGAGACAAUAGCGGCGAAGGCCAAGGAGAACACUAACGAGGUGGUGGACAGCGCUGAAAGUGCAAAGGACAAGACUUGCAAUGCGGUGGAGAGUGGGGCGGAGACGGUGAAAGAUAAGGUGAACGAGGGGACGAGCAAGACAGCUGAGACGGUGAAGAAUAUGAAGUUGUGAAUGACAUAUUUGCAUGUAUGGAUUAAUGGAUACAUGAGCGCGGUGUAGUAGAUUUGCUACGUUAAGGCAAUCCUCUUAACAUUUUGUAUGACAUGAUUAUAAAUCUCUAAUGGUCAUAAAAGCUUUCUGUUG